CCCCCGGCAGGCGGCUGACGGCCGUGUCCCCGCAGGGCCAUGGAGCUGUCGCUGUCCCAGUGGGCGCUCGCCCUGCUCCUGCUGGCGGUGCCCCUGCUCUACGAGUGCAGCGCCACCUUCAGGUACUUCUGCAAGAUGGGCUUCUACAACGGCUGGAUCCUGACGCUCGCCGUGCUGGUCAUCCCGCUGUGCGCCCUGCGGGGCCGCAGCGUGGGCAACAUGAAGAUCAUCCGGUUCAUGCUGCACCAUGUGAAGUAUCUGUACGGCAUCCGCAUCGAGGUGCGCGGCCUGGAGCAUUUCAACCUGCCCGAGCCCUUCGUCGUGGUGUCCAACCACCAGAGCUCCCUGGACCUGCUGGGGAUGAUGGAGGUGCUGCCCGACCGCUGCGUGCCCAUAGCCAAGAAGGAGCUGAUGUACAUGGGCUCCGUGGGGCUGGCCUGCUGGCUCGGCGGCAUCAUCUUCAUCAACCGCAAGAAGACGGACGACGCCAUCGGCGUCAUGUCGGAGACGGCACAGACCAUGCUUCGCGACAACGUCCGGGUCUGGGUGUUUCCCGAAGGAACCAGGAACCACAACGGCUCCAUGCUGCCCUUCAAACGUGGGGCCUUCCACCUGGCCGUGCAGGCCCAGGUGCCCGUGAUCCCCAUCGUGAUGUCCUCGUACCACGAUUUCUACAGCAAGAAGGAGAGAAGAUUCACAACUGGGCGCUGUCUGAUCCGGGUGCUGGCGCCGAUGCCCACGCGGGGGCUGGGCCCGGAGGCGGUGCCGGAGCUCACGGAGCGCGUGCGCCAGGCCAUGCUCGAGGCCUUCGACAGCCUGUCGGGGGAGCUGAGCCCCGGCCGGGACCCCCCCGCCCCACAGUGACACCCCCACCAGCCAGCUGGGGCGGAGCCUCUGCGGAGUGGGCGGAGCCAGCUCCAGCCACGCCCACCAAGCUGGGCAGCCACGGACCAGAUGGAGUAACCCAGCAUUCUGACACCCCCCUCCUGCCUUAGCCACUUGGUAUCUCCUGCUCCCUCCCCCAUCACCUCCCCCCAGUCUUAUCAACAUGGACUGAUCCACUCCAGCCUAAACCAUGGACUGAUCCAUUCCAGUUUCCUAUGGGGGGGAGGAGGAUUAAAUAAUCCAUUCCAGCCUCCUGCUGGGAGGAAGAACAGACGCUGUGGACCAACCCAUUCCUGCCUCCCACUCGGGGGAGCCGGGGGAAAAAAAAAGGACCUCAUGGACUGUUCCACUACAACCUCCCCCAGGAAGAAAGUAAGCUGCGGACUGUUCCACUUCAGCCUUUGG